AUGGAUUGGGCGGCUCGAAAUGGCCAUUUCGAUGUCGUGAAAUGGCUUGGAGACAAUCGUUCGGAGGGUUGCACUUCAGCAGCUAUGGACAAAGCUGCACGGUAUGGGCAUUUGAAAGUUGUCAAAUGGCUACACGCCCACCGCACCGAGGGGUGCACCAUCAACGCGAUGAACAAGGCUGCUGAAGCUGGACAUUUGGAUGUUGUGAAAUGGCUUCAUACUCAUCGCUCUGAAGGCUGCUCGAGAUCUGCGAUGACACGUGCGAUUGCCAACAAACAUUUUGAUGUAAUUAUCUGCAACAGUGGCUAG